CAUCUUUACAUGCAGCAGGAGACAAACUUGGCUUUGCAGGUUACUCAGAAGGUUCAAGAUGGACAACUCGUGUGAGAUCCCUCAAGGGAAGGAGAUUUCCAGCGGCCAAGUCAACGAUGACCUGCCGACUGUUGAGGCACUAAAGGUCGCCGAUGGAAUUGAGGUCCUUGAUGGCAAGGGAGAGAAGCAUACCUUCAAGAGCAUCUACAGCGGACCUGAAUUACCCCGUCGAGUUCUUGUUGUCUUUGUUCGCCAUUUCUUCUGCUGCUCAUGCGUGAGCUACACCAGCUUUCUUGCCAAAAAAGCAACUCCAGAAAAGCUAAACGAGAUCAACACCGAGAUUGUGAUAAUAGGUCACGGAGAUCCUAGAACAGUUGACAUGUAUCGCAUAGACACGGGCUGCGAAUUUCCCAUCUACACUGAUCCUUCUGAAGAGCUUUACAAGACGCUGGGCAUGAUUCAGACUUGGGAAGAGGGGCCUCCGAGUAAGUAUAUUCCGGUGUCGUCUUUUUGGAAUGCGUGGUUGUCCAUGAAGAAUGCGUUUUGGAAGUUACUCGAGGGAUAUCCCGUGUGGAACUGGGGAACCACGAAUCAACAGGGCGGAGAGUUCUUGUUUGUUGGGGAGGGAGAGGAUAAGAAAGUGACGUGGUGUCAUCGGAUGAGGAAUUCGAGGGAUCAUACGGAUACUGAUGAUAUUUUGGAGGUGUUGGGACUCAACAAGUGAGGAUGAGCUGGUGAUACCCAGGUGUUGAGCAUGGGGUCGUUUGGCAUCUUAUGUAAAGGAGAGUGCGUGAGAAGCCAACCAUAUACGACAAAUUGAAAGAUGAAUCAGG